CUAUCGCAGUGGACGUGCCGCGCGCGGACGCUUCCGUUCGGUAUUUAAAAACGGGGAAAAAGCGCGCGAAGUUAUGGACCGAUCGAAUCGGGAAUAGUAACCUUAAUUUGUUUGUUGUUUCCGGCCAGUAUUUUAUUACACUUUUUUUUAUUAUUUACUUUUUUAAUUAUUUAAAGUUAUUCCAAUACCAAGAAAUUUUACCGCGUACAGAAUUAAAUGAAGAGCGAAUAUUAUCGCGAGGUCAAAUUUCUUCCGAUGUUUUCGUAACUUUGUAUUAAUAAGAAGCGGUCGUGAUAAGCAAUCGCGGUCGAGUGCAAAUGUCGCCGAUAGCGCAUCGUAGCGCCAACUGGUAUGUUCUAAUGAAUUUUAGAGCUGUGCAGUUAUUUACUAAUGGACGGUAAACCUCGUCCCUUCGCGGAAUCCGUUGAUUCAUACACCGGUUAUCGCUUACUGUGUGUUUUGAGCGACGUCGGGGACAAUGUGCGAAGUGGCAAGUUGGAUUCCGAGCGCUGUGGCGGACACACUGCGCGCGCAGAGCUCCUCACAGCCUGUCAUCGCGUGGCUGCAGGUCCUGCGAGACUCCAUUGAAGAAUACGACCCUCUAAUCGCUGUGAGACCACCAUCUCCAGAGUACGAAGACUCUGACUGUUCUAGCACCACUCCAGACAGCGCUUUCGAUGAAAUCCUCUCUCAAUUAGGCAAAGAGAUCUACAAGCUAGACGAGUAUCAAAGAAACUUAGUUCCAGGUGAAAAAGAAGUUUCCUUAAGCAUUCUCAAUAUUUUUGACGAAUGCAUUCAGGGAAUGCACGAAAAUGAUAAAAAUAAUGAACUAAAAGCAGUUGAAGAAGUUGAUGAAAAUUGUGUUAACAGUGUUGAGGAGUGCAGUGACGGUGAAUCGACGUUGUCUGACGUCUCGUUCGUAACCAGCACUCCCGCUAGGAGUGCUAAUGUGGCUAGUGACGCGAACAGUGACGUAAACAACAUAUUCGAUAGGGGUGAUGGUAAGCCGGUGCCGCCGCCGCGUGUGAAACUGAAAACGCCGUCAUCUACGUCAUCGGCGUACGACAACAUAGAUUUGAAGACUCAAAACACAAUAAUGGAGGUGGCAAAGAGGCUAGAGUCUGACAGCGACAGUGAAAGCACGUGUUGGAGCUACAAGGAGUGCAGUUCCGAUACGGAAAACGAAGGUAGAGAUGCGUACGCGAAGGUAUGGUCACACUCCAGUGGGUUUCACAAUUCGGACGAAAUCUUGAGGCGGGUGCUGUCGCAGAACCACGCGACCGUGUCUAGAUUGUCUUUCGAUUCGGCAAACGACUUCGAGCCGCAGCAGUAUUCCGUGUACGCUCUAGAAGAGGUGGGAGGCAGGUGCGUCGAAAACGAAAUGCCAGUCGUCGCUAUGACACCGGAGCGACCGACGGACGACGGCUACGAACCCGUCCGCGACGCUAUCACCGACGAGAACAUUUACGAGGAGAUCGAAUACGGAUUGAGUUAUACAGAUGAGGGAUGCUCGUGCGGUGGCAGUGUGGAAGUCGAGAGCUGCUCCAUUAGUGCCAGUUCCGAGGGGGUCGGCAGGGAGAGUCCUUUGUACGAAAACCUUAAGGACCACGACGCGUACGCCAUUCCUCCAGACGUCAUUUUCUGGAAGGAGCGAAUCCUCGGCGACCCGUUUUACAACGACGAUGAAGAAGAUGAAUGGAUCACACCAGAAGAAUGCGCAGAGUACAGUCGGGACGCGCGGCCGCCGCUGGUCAUCCCUCGCAUCUCUCAGUACAGGCAGCCGCGAAUACAGAGGACACAGCACCCAUAUGUAGAGGACACGAUCCAGGAAUCCACCCCGGUCCGGCCGUUGGGCAGGCCGUAUGAGCGUCUUCAAGACUGGAGCCCGACGUCAGAGCGGGGCCGCGCCGAGCUGGAGAGGAGCUUCAGCAAGGCUAGCUCUGACAGCCCUCCGAUCGCGAGGAUCAAUAAGAGAUUAGGUAACUCCACGGAAAACCUCCUGUACCCAAAUGUGCGGAGACCCAAUAAUCUGCACCUACCGGCGUCCUCGUCCGGGGACAGCCUGGACGUGGAGAUCCGGGAACGGGAGCCGGGUCACGUGAGGAGUCGGAAGUCCAGGUCCAUGGUCCAGCCCAAACACAGGAUGCGGUCGCCUGUGCCGGCACCAAGGAUGUUGAUUCCCCAGCAAUCUGAGAUGCCAGUGGUCUACGAGGGCGCAGUGAAACGCACGAAGUUCUCGGAGAACGGGAAGAAGAGCAAGAAGAACUGGAGCGACUGCUACGUGGUGCUCACGCAGACUGGGCUCAUCUUCUACAAGGACCAGAAGACUUAUUAUGCUUCUAAGGCGCCGAAGCCGGCGGGGUCGCCGCCGAGCCCCACGGCGCCGCGCGCGGAGCUGGUGCUGCCGCUGCGGCACGCCAGCGUCGACUUCUGCAUGCAGAUGCACACUAGGAGGUACACGAGGUCGCUGUUGAUCUCUGUGGGCCGCGACCAGUACCUGCUGCAGGACGACACCGACAAGGGCGCUGAGAAAUGGCUCUUCAACAUCAAGACCAUCAUACACAAAUUGGGUCCCCCCCUGCCCGACGAUCUCAGCGUGAACCAGUUGAGGAACAGCAACACCGACCUGGAGAGCUUGGGUCGUACUCCUCCACCCUUGAGACACAACAACAGAGGCAAGAAACAAGUGGGAGGCAGCAGUAACGAAGAUCUCAGCGACACAACAGAGGUUUCCAUCCAAAAAUCUCAUGUGAAGAGCAGAUUAAAGAAGUUCUUCGCGAAACGACCCGCCAUGGAAGUUCUAGUCAAGAAAGGGAUCUACAAAGAUGAGCCAGUCUUCGGCCGUAAGCUCGACGAGGUGUGUCCGACAGAGAAAGGAGUUCCACGUGUGCCAAAUUUCGUGGUGGCUUGUAUCAAGGAGAUUGAGAGUAGCGAAGAAAACAUGUGCACAGAUGGGUUGUAUAGAGCCAGCGGGAAUCUUAGUCAAGUGCAGAGGAUAAGACUACAGGUGGACCAGAACGACCUGGGCGCGAUCGAGAACAGCAGCGACAUCCACGUGCUGACCGGGUCCCUGAAGCUGUUCUUCAGGGAGCUGAAGGAGCCGCUCAUACCCUGCGCUCUGUUCGACAGGGUGCUCGCCGCGUGCUCAAUAAAACCGAGAGAAGCAAAGAUUAAAGAAUUUCGGGACAUCAUUCAAGCAUUACCCCAAUGCAACAGAGAAACUCUGAAAUACCUAUUGGAACACUUAUUAAGGGUGACACAAUACAGCGAACACAACCGAAUGCACACGGCGAACCUCGCCAUCGUGUUCGGGCCCACACUGCUCUGGGCGCCCGCGGAACAAGCGCACAACAUCGCCAUCGACUGCAUCCAACAAAACAAUGUCGUUGAGGUCCUCCUAAACGACUUCAAGGAAAUAUUCGCUGAAGACACCAAAACCAAGAAGAAAGCGUGACUCUGAAGUCACCAGUCUCUCCGGAUAAACUUUUGAGCCCCAAGAACUCUUUUCUUAGUAAAACUUCUCUUUACUGGAUUUGAGUGAAGACAUGGACUUCCCUAUUGAAUAUCAUCAAAUUGGUAUCGUGCAAAAUAUAUUACCAAUACGAAUAGUGAAGCAUGGCUAUGCUGUAUAGUUGUGUUAUUCAAGUGUAUUCGAUUUAUAAGAGUGCUAAUAACCAGUUUUAAAAUAUAAAAGGGCAAUAUUAAAAUAUUUUAGGAAAUUCGUAUAUAUGGAUGAUGUGAUACGUGAAGUUAGGUCGGUCCAUUAGUGAAUGUUAUUAUUAUUAUGAUCUCGGUCACAAAUUUCGAAAUUGUUUCUCUGUAUAUUUAACUUAUCAAAGCUAAGGCGCUAUGUGUAAUAUAGAUAUUAAAAAACUAAGUACAAUUCAUUUCAGUAGCAAUCUGCGGAUAUAAUGUGAAUAUUGAGUGUAAAGUUUGUUUAACUAGAUAUCCAAGAGUGAGAUGCGAGACUACUCAUUUUGACAUUAUUUAUUACAUUUGCAAAUUUACUCGCUCAAACACAUAGCCUUUACGCUGGGAUGAGUAAAAACCUAUUUUUAUUUUAUUUCAUUUUCUUUAUUCAUCCAAAUACGCGUUGUGAUCCUAAAGCAAUAUUAUUACGGAAAGACUGCGAGAGGCUCUAGAAAUAAAGUAUAUUGAGAUGACGUUAUAGAUAAUGUUAUACGUGUAUCUAGUGUUAAAGAAAUGUUAUUUUCGUGUGAUGUAGAUGUUAAAGAGAUAUAUCCAGAUUGAUGCAUUAUUUUGGGGCCAAAUUUGUAUAUACGCGUCCAACUAAUAGGCUUGAAGCCAGAUCGGUCUCGUGUGCCUUAAGCAGUGCGUUGGUAUGUAAAUAUUCAUCAUGGAUGAUUGAAAUGUAUGUGAUAAUGUAUGUUGUAUAUUUUUCCUUGUUUUUUUUUUUAUAGGCUUGCAAAGUGACGGUCUAGUCGUUACACCUAAACAUUGCCUUUAGGGGUCAGUUCAGAUGCUGAGAAAGGACCAGAUUUACUAAUAUUUAAUGUACCAAAAGUACAAAAACCUGUGAAUGAUUUCCAGAUAUACACUUCAAGUAAACAAGAAAGAUUUUAUACAUUACAUACAUACUGUUUUGUCAGUUCCAAUCCUAGAAAUAGUAAUUGCUUACAAACGCGCAAGGACAUAUAAGGCUGUUGAUUUAAAUGUUAUUAUUUUUUUGUUUGUGCACUAAUUUCUCCUAUUUUAUUUCCAGAAAUCUUUAAAUAUAUGAAUCGUAAAUUAUAUUGUGCUGUAUUGAAUGGUAAUAAGGUCCUUUUUCAGUAACCUACGUACAUAAAAAAAAUAUACUUGUAUCAGUUUUCUUUUGAACCCUGAACUAGCCUUUAUUGGGUGAAAUACAGUAAAUAAAUACUCAAGCGUGUUGAAAACGAACAGAAUUGUAGUGUCUAAAGUAUAACAUAAUAAUAAGCUAGGAACCAAAGUUUGUAUUUUUCGGCUGAUAGUAUAUUUUACAUAUAUUUGUUGCGUAGUUAGAUAUUAUAAUGAAUUAUGUUAACGCCAAUUUAUGCUUGAAAUUUAAAUAGACAAUGAUGUUACAUCAAAUAAAAUUCACAUAUUUUAAC